AUGGGUGACCCGACCUAUAGAGCACCCGUCCAGCACUCUAACAUCCAUGGGAAUGGAGAGGGGCUGGGUGGGGAUGUUCAGCUCCGAAGCCAGUGUGUCGUCCAAAAAGUUCUCAUCGGCCCCAGAUUCAAUGAGGACCAAGAGAGAUUUGGACUGGUUUCCCCACAGCAGAAUGACCUGAAAAGGCGUGCAACAGUUACAGUAUUUUUGAAUGUACUGGUGAUUAUCUCCAUCUCUCACUUCAAGCAGCUCCACACUCCAACCAACCUGCUCAUCCUCUCUCUGGCUGUGUCAGAUCUCCUGGUGGGACUGAUUGUGAUUCCAGUAAUGACUGUAGCAAUAAUGGAACCAUGCUGGGGUUUUGGGGAAUAUUUCUGUGUGUUUCAUUUCUUCAUUACUUUUUUAUGUACUUCUUUAUCGCUUGGCAAUUUGGUCUUGAUAUCUAUUGAUCGCUAUGUUGCUGUGUGUGAUCCCUUAUUUUAUCUGGCACUUGUUAAUUCCUUAAUUAAUCCAAUAAUUUAUGCUUUCUUUUAUCCAUGGUUCAAAUGUACAUUCAUUAUUCAGCCCAAGAGUGUAGGAGACAACAGCAGGCACUUCAACCUCAACAUACUGGGUAUGAACACUACCACUACUCUCACUACAUCACUGCUGCCAGGAAGUGACUGA